UUUUAGACUGCCUGCCUAUAAUGCAUCAUAUCCUGAGACGUCGGUAGAUUUUUGGUAGCAGACUUUUUUUUUGGAUUUUUCCAACAAUGCGUUUAGUUAUUGCACAGUUUCUUCUAAUAACUCAGGUAUUUGCUGCACAAAAAAAUAGUAUUGGUCCCCCGAAGCUUCUAGAACAAUCAGGCGAAGAGGUGUGGUAUCAUUUAGAUGAUGAGGAUCUCCUCAAAAACAGGUUGACACUUCGUUGCGAGGCAGAUGAGAAUACUGACAGAUACUCCUGGCUCAAAGACGGUGAGCCAUUCGUCAUUGAUUCCGAAGAUGUUCUUUGGGAAAAAGAAAGUCAAUCUGGAUCAAUUGUUUUUACAAAACCUCAUGCUAGUCAUCAAGGAUAUUAUCAAUGUUUCGCAUCGAAUAUAUUUGGAACAGCACUUUCGAACAAAAUGCAUUUGAGGCUUGGAUCACUGGAACACUUUCCAAAACGGGAUGUUAAACUAUUGAGAGUGAAGGAAGGAGAGUCGCUGACGUUGAAUUGCACACCGCCACGUGGCACACCUGAUCCGAAAAUUGUCUGGCUUUAUAGAUCCCUAGACGAUUCCUCCGUAAUCGAAACUAUCCGGAGCCGACACAUAACUGUCGAUAACGAAGGUCAUCUUCACUUUUCCUCCGUUGAGCUAUCAGACGGAAAAGCGACUCUGGUAUACGAAUGUGCUGCGACAUCGCCCGUACUCAGAGGAGAAUAUCGAUCUGGAGACCGGAUACAGUUGGAUAUUGAACCUAGUCAAGAUAAAUCUCAUCCUGUAAAAAAGAUGUCAGUUAGUCCUAGUGAAGUAACCGUUCGAGCUGGAGGUCAACUGAAGCUUCAGUGCAUAUUUGGCGGGAGACCUCUUCCGACAAUUUUCUGGUCAAAAAUUGAUGGAGAGCUUCCAAAAUCUAGAAUCAAGGAUUUGACAUCUCAUGAAAGCGAUUUCGGUAGAUCCUUGAUUGUUGAGAAUGUUCAUCCCGAUGAUGCGGGGGCGUAUGAGUGCAGAGGCCGGCAUUUGGUUCAUACAGUUAAUGUUCGAGUUAUGGCCGCUCCAUUCUGGGAGUUCGACCCACCUCGUGAUAUUUCCCUACCAGAAGAAAGUACGGGUGAACUUGAAUGUCUUGCUGGUGGCCAGCCGACUCCAAUCAUAACCUGGAGUAUGAAUGGAAAAUUUCUACACGAAUUGGCAGAAGAUUCCCGAAGGGUUCUACUCGAUCACGGUAGAAUUUUACGCGUCAGAAAUUUGAAUCAUGACCUGGAUACUGGAGUCUACCAAUGCAAUGCUAGCAAUCCGUUGGGAUAUGUUUUUGCGAAUGCUUUUGUUCAUGUUAGAGCUCAUGCACCGUUCUUCCGGAUGCCGGCGGCUCGUCACUGGAAAGUGGUGCUCCAUUCUACAGUAGUCCUGGAUUGUGACGUGGAUGCUGCUCCUGAGGCAAUGGUUCGAUGGGUUGAUGCGGAUGAUCGACCGCUUCAAGUUGUAGAGGGGAAAAAUAAGCUCUUCCCUAAUCAUACAUUUAUGGUUUAUGAUGUGAAUAGUGCAGACGAGGGACUCUAUUAUUGCAAUGUUAGCAACAAGUAUGGAAUUAAUCGAGCAACUAACCGGCUGCAAGUCUUCAAGCCCACAUACUUUGUUCGCAUUCCAACACCCAAACGCCUGAUUCUAGAAGCCGGGGAGACGGCUGAAGUGUUCUGUGAAGCCGUCGCCGAUCCACGUCUUCCUAUCAGAUAUCAAUGGACUAUCAAUGGAAAAGUGCUCACCGAGUCACAAUAUUAUGAAAUUCUGCCCGACCGUCUCCGCUUCCGAUCUGUGAGAGGACGGCACUCAGGAAUUAUAGAUUGUGCGGCGAUUACUGACGUCGAUGUGAAGCUGGCGUCUAUGCAGUUGAUUGUGAAAGACGUCCCCGCUCACCCAGUAGUGGAAACGGCUCACUGCUCAGAGCGCAAGGCCACUGUAAAAUGGGUCGCGGCUUCUGAUCACGGCGAUUCGAUAAAGAAGUAUAUUGUGGAAAUGUUCACUGAUUUUAAAAAGAACGAAUGGGAGGUUAUAAAUGAGGAAGUAAAUGUGAACAAGGAAACCUUCGAGGUCGACAUCACACUGACUCCCUGGGUCAACUAUACAUUCCGAGUUGUCGCCGUCAACUCGCACGGAAGAUCCGACAUGAAAAUCGACGGGCAGCCGAAAGAAGAUUGGCUAACCUGUCAGACACGUCCCUCAUUCCCAUAUACAAACCCCACAGGAGUCAAAGGAGAAGGAACCGAACCGGAUAACCUAGUCAUUUCAUGGAAGCCCCUGGAUAGGUACUACUGGAAUGCUCCGAAUAUGCAGUACUUGGUCAGGUAUAAGCUGGAUGAACCGAUCCAUGGAUGGACCGAGUUUUUGGUGGAAGACUCGUUGGCGAACUUUACAAUAAUCCGGGAUCAGCCAACAUUCCGGAAGUACCUGAUCCAAGUGCAAUCUGUAAAUUCAGUGGGUCCUAGCAUAGUUGAACCGGAGAUACAUCAUGGAUGGUCUGGAGAAGAUGUGCCUGAUGAAGCACCACGUGACUUCCACAUCGACACUCAAAUCAAUUUCACCACGAUCAAUUUCACGUGGAAUCCAGUAGACGCCAACACUGUAAAUGGACAUUUUGUGGGCUAUGAGAUUGAAUAUUGGAAGGCGGAGAACACUAUCAGGAAGUAUUCAAUCAAAAUCCCGGCCAACUCAACUUAUAAGGUUAUAAAUUCCUUCCACGCCGUCACCAACUACAGUGCGCAUAUUCGAACUCGAAACAAGAGGCUCAGAAGUGCCCCGAGUGAUUAUGUCUCGUUUGCGAUGCCUGAAGGACCUCCCGGAAAAGUUCACAACCUCCGUGUAUAUUCAGUUGGGUCGACAGCAAUCCUGCUUCAAUGGGAUGCUCCUCUACAGCCGAACGGCCGAAUUCGAGGAUAUUUCAUUUCAUUCCAGAAUGAGAAAAACGAAACCGAGGAGACAUACGUAAUUCAUCGACAAAAACACUAUCUCCACGAGAAAAGUGAGCCAGAUACCGGCUACAAGGUAUCGGUUUGGGCCGAGACCCGGGCCGGAGAAGGCCCAGUUACAUUGAGACCUGUCAGAACAUGGCCUGCUAGAAUCCCCGAUGCUCCAAUCUUCCGUGUAAAAAAUAUUUCGUUGGACUCAUUUGUCGUCGAGUGGCAACCAAAUAAUCAUAGCGUGUGGAAGAUGCCCGGAGCUGCAUUUUUUGUUAAUUACACGGCUGAAAGCUCAAAAACAUGGUUCCAGUCCGAGAUUAUAUAUCUUCCAUAUACGGAGAUUACAAUACGAAACCUAAAAGAAGACCAGAAAUAUUUUAUGCAAGGAAUUGCAAAAGACGGGCCAAGAAGAAGUGAAUCCGUAUUCCUCCCGAUUAAAACUUUAAAUCGAGAUUAUGCAAAUCGAUUAAAAGAGGACUCUCUGAGAAGUGCCGCCUGGUUUAUUGCAGUUCUUGGCGUUCUUGGCAUUGGUCUAUUCACAAUUUGUCUCACUUUUUGCUGUGGAAACAAGAAUCGACAGGAGAAAUUUGCAGUCCGGAGGAAGGAAAUCGAAAUCGGCCAUCAGCAGGACAACGAAGAGGAGAAGCAGUUUCUCGAGUAUCAGUACGGGUUCAAAAACUGAUUCUAUGAACAAAUUCCAAAACAUAACUAAUUAAUUUUACUAUUUAUUAUUAUUCAAUUUUCAUUAAUAUAAAGUGCAUUGUUUGAGAUUUGAAA